AUGCUAUUCACCUUGAUGAGCAGCUGCACCUCGUCCGGUGUCAUGAAAGCUACGUAUGCUCUCGUCCGUCAUCAUGCUUUCUGGCCGCAUCGCCAUGGGGGGCUAGGCGUCGACGAGCCAGUCACCACACAAGGGACGAAGGGAGUGAUCUCAUUGAUGGUUGUCUUUGGCAAGACAGCUCUCUGCGACUGCGCGAUUACCUCUCGCCUUGGUUUCGCCAUCAACGUCUGUUUCAAUUUCGCCGUCAACUUCUCCGGCCCAUACCUCGUCUUCGAGGACGGAGCAGGACUUGAAAGCAGAGUGGGGUUCAUCUUCGGCGCCGUUGCAUUCCUGCAAAGGCCAGACGCUGGAACAGGUCGACUACUGUUCAGCAAUGGCGUCAGACUGCGCGACUUCGGCAAGGCUGAAGCGUCUCGAAUGCUGGAUGGAGGCGCCGGUGGGUCGAAGGACAAUGACAUCGAAGCUUGUUCGGCCAAGGCGAGUGUUCCUCCAUAG